AUGGUGUAUCUGCACACAAGCAUGUAUCGUGGUCAACGUAUUUACAUGACAUCGACCCAACGCAAGGAAGUCGCCAACCACUGUCGUCACAUUCUCUCCAUGGCUGCCCUAGUGGUCGCAGAAAGGGGUACUGAGCAACACCACAUUAUCUUCUCUGUCUUCUUGGCCGGUGUAAACAGCGCCAACGACCACGACAAGAACCGUGCCAUUGGUAUCAUGCGCGCCAUGGAAGGCACCGGCAUUAGCUGCAAUGUCACCAAAUCUCGAGAGCUACUCGAAGCAGUGUGUGCGGAGCAGAGGGCAAGAGCCGAUUUCGGUGGCAAUGCUGCUGAAGUCGAUUGGGUGUCUUUUGCCAAAGAACGUGGCUUCAGGAUUGUCAACCUGGGUCUGUGA